AAUUUCUGUACCACCCAAAAGAAAUAAGAUCCCUUGUCACACCUUCCUAGUCCACUCUCAGUUCAGAGGAGAGAGUGAAACACCCAGAAAAGAGCUGAGAUACAACCUCUUUCCAUCAGUGUAUUUUGUUUUCCAAUGGCUAACACCACCAAAUCCACUCUCUUUCUCUCUCUAACCUUCUCGCUCCUCAUUCUCCUCGCCUCAGCUUCAUCUGAAGCAGACAUCCUUCUCACCUUCAAGUCCUCCAUUGAAGACCCCAUGAACUCUCUCUCGACUUGGUCCAACUCCACUUCCACCCAUUACUGCAACUGGACUGGAAUCACUUGCACAACUUCACUUCCUCUCUCUGUAUCCUCUCUCAACCUCCACAGCCUAAACCUCUCCGGAGAGAUCUCUUCUUCUCUCUGUCAAAUCCCUAACCUCACCCAUCUCAAUCUUGCUAAUAACUUCUUCAACCAACCCAUUCCUCUCCAUCUUUCACAGUGCACUUCACUAGAAAGUCUUAAUAUCAGUAGCAAUCUCAUUUGGGGAACAAUCCCAAAUCAGAUUUCUCAGUUUGGAUCAUUGAAAGUUCUUGAUUUGAGUAACAACCAUGUUGGGGGGAAAAUCCCAUUAACCAUUGGGGGUUUGAAGAAAGUUCAAGUUCUCAACUUGGGUGGUAACUUGCUCUCAGGUAGUCUUCCUCUGAUUUUUGGCAAUUUCUCUGAGCUUGUAGUUCUUGAUUUGUCUCAAAAUUCAUUAUUGGCUAGUGAAAUUCCUAGUGAUUUAGGGAGGCUUGAUAAGCUUGAGCAGCUUUUGUUGCAAAGCUCUGGUUUUUAUGGCUCAAUCCCUGAAUCCUUUGUGGGUUUGGUUAGCUUAUCCAUUUUAGACCUAUCUCAAAACAAUCUAACUGGUGGGGUGCCUCAGAAUUUGGGGUCUUUUAUGACAAAGUUGGUUUCCUUUGAUGUUUCACAAAACCAGAUUUCUGGGGUUUUCCCAAAUGGUAUUUGUGAUGCUAAAGGCCUUAUAAGCCUUAGUCUCCAUACAAAUUUCUUCAAUGGGUCAAUACCCAACAACUCUGUCGAUCAAUGCCUCAAUCUCGAGAGGUUCCAAGUUCAGAGUAAUGGGUUUAAUGGGGAUUUUCCGAACGGUUUAUGGUCACUGCCCAAGCUUAAGCUCGUCAGAGCUGAAAACAAUAGGUUUUCGGGUGAAAUACCCGAAUCAAUUUCCAAUGCUGCUCAAUUGGAGCAAGUUCAGAUAGAUAACAACAGCUUCAGUGGUAAAAUUCCUCAGGGUUUUGGAAUGGUUAAGAGCUUGUACAGAUUCUCAGCAUCUCUCAAUGGUUUUUAUGGUGAAAUUCCUCCUAAUUUUUGCGAUUCCCCGGUUAUGAGCAUCAUAAAUCUCUCCCACAAUUCGCUUUCCGGAGAAAUCCCAGAGGUGAGAAACUGCAAGAAAAUAGUAUCAUUAGCUUUGGCAGAUAACAAUCUUGUUGGCGAAAUCCCACCAUCACUUGCUGAAUUGCCAGUGCUUACUUACCUUGAUCUGUCUGACAACAGUCUCACUGGUCCAAUCCCACCAGAGCUUGAAAACUUGAAACUUGCCCUUUUUAAUGUUUCUUUCAAUAGGCUUUCGGGUCGAGUUCCAUUCUCUCUCAUCUCCGGCCUUCCAGCUUCGUUUUUGCAAGGAAAUCCAGACCUGUGUGGCCCCGGAUUACCAAACCCAUGCUCUGAUCCAAACCGAGGUCACAAAGUUGGUAAAAUCUCAAAAUUGGCUUGUGCUUUGGUCUCUUUAGCUUUAGCAGUUGGAGUACUUAUUGUUUCUAUAGUACUUUACGUGGUUCGAUCCUCCAAGCGAAAAUCUGAAACGGGUAUUUGGCGCUCGGUCUUUUUCUACCCUCUUAGAGUAACUGAGCAUGAUUUGAUGAUGGCAAUGGAUGAGAAAAAUGCUGCUGGAACUGGUGGAGUUUUCGGUAGAAUUCACAUUGUAGCCUUACCAAGUGGUGAACCUGUUGCUGUCAAAAAGAUGGUUAAUUUCAGAAGCCAAAAUUCGAAAGCUCUAAAGGCUGAAAUCAAGACAUUAGCUAAGAUCAGGCAUAAGAACAUCAUUAAAAUUCUGGGUUUUUGCCAUUCUGAUGAUUCAAUCUUUCUCAUUUAUGAAUGUUUGCAAAAGGGGAGCCUCGGGGAUUUGAUUGGCAGACCGAAUUUCGGGUUGUCCUGGAGUGUUCGGUUGAAGAUUGCCCUUGGAGUUGCUCAAGGACUGGCAUACCUUCAUAGGGAUUACGUUCCACAUACACUUCAUAGAAACGUGAAAUCAAGGAAUAUUCUUCUGGAUGCCGAUUUUGAACCGAAAUUAACAGAUUUUGCUCUUGAUAGAAUUGUGGGAGAGGCUGCAUUUCAGUCAUCAUUGGCAUCAGAAUCUGAAUUUUCAUGUUACAUUGCACCAGAAUAUGGAUACUGCAAGAGAGCCACUGAAGAAAUGGACACAUACAGCUUUGGCGUUGUACUUUUAGAGCUUGUGACAGGCCGCCCAGCAGAGCAAACAGAAUCAGGACCAGACUCUCCAGAUGUGGUGAAAUGGGUUCGCCGGAAAAUCAACAUCUCUAAUGGGGCUUUUCAAGUUCUUGACCCCACAAUUUCAAACUCCUCUCAACAAGAAAUGCUGGGAGCUCUGGAUAUUGCUCUCAGGUGCACGUCUGUAAUGCCUGAGAAACGGCCAUCAAUGACUAAAGUUGUGAGAGAACUUCAGUCCCUUGACUCAAGAACCUGCCUUUUUAACAGCGAGUUCUCUGCUUCUCGCGAAGGAAGUUCUUUUCCCGUUUGAGGUUCGCAAAAUUGUUCAUCCAUGUUCUUGAGCUUUUGUUGUAAUUAAUGCAGCCUUAUUUCACAUGGCUUUUGAUUUUUGAAGGUCCUUUUUUGUUUGGUGCUGGUUUUUUCUUAGGGGGAAUUUGGAGAGCAAUGUAUAUCAUAUUUGGUUUGGGAAAAUGACAUGAAUUCCGAUCCCCAUUGGUUGGUUGCAUGACACCCAUGUCAUUGAACCAAUCCAGUUUUUUUUUAUUAAGUAAAUCACAGCUAUGUUUUUGUUA